UCUCACCAUAAAUUUAGGAAUUUCUAGUACUAGUGAUAAGACUAAGAUAUAACUCAUUGUAAACCUCUUUUUUUUUUGCUAUAUCUAAAUUACGUGGCAACACUAAGAUAAGAUAGCCUUAUCAACCGUUGUACAUGCUUUGACAGCGAAUUUGGGAUAUCUUAUUGAGGUUUGAGGAUAUCUAGGAUUUGCUUUUUAUUUACUACUACCUCCCUUUUAAAAUAUAUGACGUUUAGGACAACAACGAUUUUAGUUCAAAAUGAACUAUUUUUUUGUCCUAAACGUCACAUAUUAAAAAAUCAGAGGGAGUAUUUGAUUCUAACAAAAAAGGCGCGGAGUGUCUGCUCAUGUGUUUAGACCCCAUAUGAUGUGAAAACAAAGGUACAUGCAUGGUCCAGAGUGAAUGAAACGAGAUUCUGUUGAAAAAAAGAAAAAGAUAAAGGAAAAGGCAAAGGUGAAAAAAAGUAAAAACAAAUCACAGUUCAUGUCCAUGUUUCUUUUUAACGAAAAAGCCCGGUGUCAGUUCACGUUGUAGACCCAGAUAACGUAAAAGCAAAAAGAUACAUGAGGUAGAGAGAAGAAAACGAUGUUCUGUCCAAAAAUAAAAAGAUGAAGAUGAAGGAAAAGACAAGAAAAAUGUAGUGUGAAAACAACUCAGGAUGGUUAGCCAAAUAAAACCAUAUCCUGCCCUAGCUUCAUGUGCUGGCUGUCCUAUAAAUGGAUGUUUUAUUUCACUGUGAAUACAGUUGCAUAUUAUAUACUUGCAUUGCCAGCAUUCAUAGUCUAGUAUUAUUUUUAAAAGGUUUGGUAGUAGAAUUGAGUUGCAACAUAGUGGUUCAUACUGUGCCGCUGCUUCCUGCUUCAGCGCUGUAAUAAGCACGUGAGGUCACGCUCUCUCUCGCCGCCAACAGAGUGAAAACAGAGCAGAGCGAGCGGGAGAGAGGAGCAGAGCAGAGGCACUCCCUGUACUGUAGAGCAAGUAGAGGAGGGGAGAGGAGCAGAGGCCUUGAUCCGCACCGUCGCGCCGCGCAGCUUGAGCAUCGGCCUUGUCGCCGGCUUCUCCUCGCCACCUGCGUCUACUUCUCCACAUCCACAUCGCCCCGCUCAAUUUGGGCGUACGCAUUGUCCAAGGAGGGGAGCAAGGGCGAGGUGCUGGACACCGGACGGUGACCACGACUGAAGCAACCCCUCCUCCCUCCUUGGCGCAAGGCGGGACAUCGAUGGCAGGAGCAGGAGCAGGGGCAGGGACAGGGCAAGUACUGCAUCUAUGGAAAGAAUGGGGCAUCCAGGUGCUGGUGCUGCUCAGCUUCUCCCUCCAGAUCAUGCUUCUCGUCAUGGCAGAGCUCCGCCGGCGCAUCGACUCCGGCGUGCUAAGGGCCUUUGUGUGGUCAGCGUACAUGAUGGCCGAUGCUACGGCAAUCUACGUGCUGGGACACAUGUCUGUGAUGAGCAGAUCGCCGGAGCAUGAGCUGGUGGCGUUUUGGGCGCCUUUCCUCCUUCUGCACCUUGGUGGGCAAGACAACAUCACCGCCUACAGCAUCGAAGACAACAAGCUGUGGCUGCGCCACCUGCAGACUCUUGCUGUGCAGGUGGCUGCAGCUACAUAUGUCGUCUAUGCGUCUUCCAUCCUUACCAGCGGGCUCCUCCUGGCAGCCACCAUGUUGAUGUUUGUGGUUGGUGUUGCCAAGUAUGGAGAGAGAGUGUGGGCACUCAGGUGUGCUGGUAGUACCUCAGAGCAGGGAGGCAACUAUCAACCUCUAUUUUACGCCUCGGGAUCCCAUUACCGGACCAUACCGUCCAAAAGUUGCAGCCCGAAUAAGGAAGAUUACCUGUUGGAUGCUCACCUCUUCCUGGCUGUUCCUAAGAAAUUCCUUAUGAGCAUGCUGCAGGAUGAAGAGUUGCGGUUUCAUGAUGUAGAUGAGCAUGCUUUGGAGGAGGUGGUUGAGAUGCAGCUCUCCUUGAUGCACGAUGUCUUGUUUACAAAGACUGAGGUGGUGCACAGUUGGUGUGGCCUUUGCGUCCGUGCCAUCUCAUUGCCGGGCACAGCCGUGGCAUUGUUGUUGUUUUAUCUUUCACUUCUGGGUGAUCAUCAUCAUCAUCAUCAUCAUCAUCAUCAUAUGGCUGCUGGGAGUUACAGUAAAGUAGACAUUGCUAUCAGUUAUGUCCUGCUUAUUGGGGCUCUUGUUUUGGAGGUCAUGUCAGCUAUUAAGGCAAUGUUGUCGAGCUGGACAAGUUCGUUCCUGCUAAAGCCGAGGAGGGAUUUCACUAGGCCAGGAGAGGAAGAAAGAAGUAUGAGGAUCUUGCUUGGUCGUGGGAUUACAUCUGUCCGCCGGUUUGUGCAUGCAGCGGAAUGGAGAGGAAGGUAUUGGUCCGGCUCCAUGGGGCAGCACAACCUGCUUCAGUUGUGCGUUGGUAGUAGGGUGAGCCGAAUGAGCAAAAUCGCGAGAUGGAUGGGAUUUGAGGACCCGUGGAACACGCUGGCAUACUGCUCCUCCAUCCCUGUCUCGGCAUUCAUCAAGCAGCUGCUGGUCAACCAUGUGCUGAGUCGCAGCGUCCUUCCAACAGAUGAAGAUCACAUCGCUAACUCAAGGGGCCUGGCGGCCCUGAAGAGCAAGGGACUGUAUGAUGAACUGGAAUGGAGCUUGGACCCCAAAAGGUCCUUGGAGCAGACCAUCCUUACAUGGCACAUCGGCACCAGCAUCUAUCUCUUUUGGUACAAAAAAGAGAAGCUGGAGCAAGCAAAUGCAGCCGGUGGUCAAGGCGGCGACGACGCACAGAGGCAGCAGCAGGUUGAUCUCGUCGAGGCGGUGGAGGCGCUCUCCAAUUACAUGCUUUUCCUUCUUGCCUCACGUCCCUACAUGCUGCCUGCCCCUGUUGACCGUGGGAUGUAUGCUAAUUCCUGCUAUGAGUUGGUUGGUGUAGUGUGCAGCUCAGCUGAGGAUCUGGCCAACUUGCUGCUGCGGUACUACAGGGAGGAGGCGGAGGAGGAGGCGAGACUGUCGUCUAAUAUGCCGUUUGACACUGUUCUGGAGAAUAAGCCCAAGCAGCCGAACCUGUCUGAUAUCAUCCCGUUUGACACUAGUCUGGGUGAUGCACAAGACAGGCAAAAGGCUUAUCGGCUGGACCUUACAUUGCACCGUGGAUGUAGGCUUGCCGCAGAGCUGAUCCACAACGGGAUGCCAGGCAUGCCUUGUGCUGCAAUAAUGCCGGAGCUCAUCGCCCAGGUGUGGAUCGAGAUACUAUGCUACGCAGGCCACCGGUGCAGCGCGUACUCUCAUGCCAAGCAGCUUGGCAGCGGCGGUGAGCUCAUCACUAUCGCUGCCCUUCUAGUGGAAUAUGUCAGCGUGCAAGCCCUUGCGAUGCAACCACCACUGCCAUCACUAUCGCUACCCUUCUAGUAGUAGUGGAACAUGCAUGCAUGUCAGCGUACGUGCAGGCCCUUUCGAUCAAUGCAUGCAUGCAUGCGCGCAAUGCAUCAUUUAUUUGUCUACUUAUAUAUUUGGUAGAUACUCCCUCCGUUAUAAAUAGAUUUAUUUAAAUAUGGAUGUACGUAAAUUUAAUUUUACAUCUAGAUACAUCUAUAUAUAAACAAAUUUACAACACUUUUU